GAAAAUCCACAAGGUGACUUGACUGUUAUUCCGGCGUGACGGGGUCUUCUACCAUCAUUAUAGUUAGCAUAACGAAGAAUGUGGGUAUAAUUGGGGUAAUAUCGCACAGAUUAAUAGUGCCAUGUAGGCACUGGAGACCAUGAGAGAUCGUGCGACGGCGCAAGAGGCGUCGAUGCCAUGCGCAGGAUUGGUGACUGUUGGUAUAUGAGCUAGAGAGUCGGCUCUGGGUUCCAAGUGAAAGUGAAUCGAUAGGACAUGCUCGUUCCUUGGCCGGGGCAACGCUCGUGUGCACGGCGUGAAGUAAACGGUACAUAUCGUGAACCGCAAACCGUUGUGAGCCGUGUUGGUUUACGGUACCGCAGGAAACUCUCUACAGCUCUGGUAAUAACGCCGGUGCCAUGACGGAACUGUUGGAAUCGAAAGAACCGUAGUGAACGCGCUCCGCCAGCUGUUACUUGGCUCUGGAAAGGAUCCUCGUCGUGAUCGACUGAGACGAUAACGUGUUAUCAAUUUGAAAGGUCAUCGAAUUUUGUCGAUAAAACAACAUUCAAGCGGAAAUUAAAUGUAAACUUGAUGUGUCUUUCAAUGCGAGAUUCCGGGGCAAUCAUGUGCGGCUGAAAGAGUGAUUGGGGUGCUGAGUUCCGAUUGGUGAGAGAGGAAUGAUCUGACAGUGUGGAUAUUAAAAGUGCGCGAUAGCCUUGCGCCGGAUUGUCAACGGUGAAUGAUUUGCCAUUUGGAGAGCAUUGCGCGGAAUGAAAGUGGCUCGAGCCAUAAGUCGUGGAGAAUUCGAAAAUCGAAUGCGUGCGAGGAUCGUAUAGCUCACUGAUUGCCGGUGAAGGAGAGUGAAGGAGAGAUUCGAAGAUGGUUUCGCGGUGCGGAUUAUGCUGCAGGGGGGGGAAUUUUUUCAGUCUGGUGUUUCUCAGGUGGACGAUAGCGAUACCCAUUGUGAUAUACUUCUCCCUGUUCUUCGUGAAUUACAGUAAAAGAAUGCCGCUGAAGAGUCUCGAGUCGUUGGAAGAUGCGGUGAAGAACACCGGCGAAGCACUCCAACUGCAAAGUAUUUCUUUUGACGAUGAGCCGAGAAGCUCGUCCACUGGGGCAACCAGUUCCGGAGGUAGGGUUAAGAAUUCGAAAAAAAAAUACAAGCACCUCGGCAUCGACCAGAGAGACGAGAAACUCAUCGAGGAGGUUGAGAAGCUCGAGAAUCUCCAGGAGCCCAAAGAUUUACUGACCGAAAUAUUUCAAAGGGCAGACACCGACGAAAACCAGCUUCUCGACAUCCGGGAACUGGCCAAAUGGAUCCACGCAAAGAUCAAGGAACACGUCAACAGAGCCAUGACCGAUAACAUUGGCCUCUUCACUGCCAUCGACAAUAAUCCCAGAAAUGGCGAGGUAUCCUGGGACGAGUAUCACGCGCACUUUUUGAAGACCCACGGUUUCUCCGAGGAGUACAUAAACUCCCAUAACAAGCGGCAUCCCGAGCUGUCGAGGACCCUGAAGGAGAGCAUAAUGCGUGACAGAGCGAGAUGGGCUGAAGCCGCGAGGAACGACCCGGAACGACUGGCCCUCGACGAAUUCCUGGCCUUCACACACCCCGAAAGCAGCCAUCGAGCGCUGUUGCAGAUGGUCGAGGACCUCUUCGAGAAAUUUGAUCGCGACGGGGACGAGCAGCUCACCGAGGACGAGUUUGCCGGCCUGCCGAGCGACGGUGUGGGGCUGGACCUCGGCGAUGACCACGAAAAGCCUAUACCGGGUAGCGAUGACCGGCGAAAGGAGUUCAAGCACCUCAUCGACAAGAACAAAGACGGGCGAGCGGAUCGCGUCGAGCUUUUGAUGUACAUCGAUCCCAGGAACCCGCGUCACGCGAUUCAAGAGGCACAGCAGCUGAUUGCGCUCUCGGACGCGAACGAGGACGGGAACUUGAGUCUCCCGGAAAUACUGAACAAGAUCGACUUGUUCCUCGGUAGUAAAAUGGUCGACACGGAAAAGAGCUUUCACGAUGAGUUUCGAUAAUUGGUGCGGAGCUUUUUUUUCCUUUCACUCUUCAGACGGGGAGGAAAAUUACGGCACCGAAGACGACUUCGACCCCACGAGAGGAGAAUAUUGGAACCGUUGACCUAGAAAUCAAUCAGUUCAUCAGUCAUCGUCGCCGUAUUGUGCCCGAGCACAGACCGCCAUUCUUCCUUGGUCUUGGCUACCGAUCAUUAACGGGAAUUCCAAUUACCGACGAAGCUGGUAACGAGAAAAUACUGGUGACAGCUGUAUGCACGCGUUUGUAACAAUAAUUCGUCUGUCCUAUAGCGUAUUGAAUAGAUGCGUAAUCGAGUUUAAUGAUAAUAACGACAAACAACUAAUCAUACAGACGUUUCAUAAUUUAGACUGUUAAUUAAGUACGUUGAUCCAUAAAAGGAAGCAAGAAGUAUUCACGAAUUUAUCACGUGACACCGGUUAAUUAAGCCAAAAGCUAUUGCAACGAGUCGGUCUUGUCAUUUGUAAAAUUAUAAAUCUUGUUACUCGACAAGAAAGACGAAGGCAAGUUGUUUAAAAAUGAGGAAAUUUACAAAUUACAUGUAAAAAACUAUUAGAAGUUCGUAGAACAAAUCUGUGAUAGUUUGGUUAACGUAGCAGUUACUACAGUAUUUACAUAAUAUUACAUGCAUAUCAUUUGAUGAUCAAUGAUAACAUGUGUACCCCAACUAAUCUUUGUUACCGCGGGUAAAUAGUUGUAAAUUAAUAAUACAUCUAUAUAUUUUAGUAAGAGUUACAAAUAUCCUUGUACAUGAAUAAAUUAUGUUAAUAA